GGGCGACACUUCAGGUGAUGAAUCGGAUCAUCAACUGGAUCAAGAGCAGAAGCGAUACCAAUGUAGUGUCCUACUCAAGAUUUGGCUUGCCAGGAGAAGAAGUUGAUGAUCGUCCUCCACCUACAGUCAUCCAUGUCGCUCCGUUCCGUGAGGAUAGCCCUGAAUUCAUGGCCUUUGGCACUCAUGCGCAGCGAGCCGCAAUUAUUUCCGCUGGAGUUGGACUUUCCUUAGUCAUUUUUAUAUUUUUGUCAGUAUUCUUCGAGUUCGAUUGGUACCAUCACGAAAAAGGUGUAGAUAUCGGAUUUUUGUUUGGCCUUUUGCUGUUCUUGUUCAUUGGCUUGUCUAUCCAUUGGAUGGUUGUACGCGGAAUAAAACUCAUGCAGCCACGUUAUUUGAUUCCAUUCAUCUUGAUCUAUACCAUGGUGCUUGUAUUUGAGACAAUCUUCUUCAUCUUUGUAGUAAACCACAUAGUUAUACUGAGUUCUAUGAAAACCUAUCCUCCGUUUCCUGAAAGUUCUGCGGGCUAUAUACUAGUCACUAUCAUGUUCAUGUUCGCUAUGGGAAUACAAUCUAUAAUGCUAACAUCAGUUGUGAGAUGCCGAAAAUACCUUGAGAAGAGACAGAUCCAUGACCUGGAAAUGCGAGUUGCUGAGAAAAGUAAACUCCAGCAUCCAGGUAUUCGUAUCGUUUUUGGCGCUGGAGAUGGAAACACUUCGAAUGGCGCAGCAGCAACCAAACGGAACAGAGCAACCACCCGCGACUCAGACUACUCAGCCCCCACAGCGCACGGUCCUGCAGGCUGA